AUGGGUGGUAUAGGCAAAACCACCCUUGCUGAGGCUGUUUAUAAUGAAGUCUUUACCACAUUUGAAAGUUGUUACUUUCUUCAAAAUGUUAGAGAGAAAAUAGAAAAACAAGGGAAGGAAUUUGCGCGAAAUGAAGUUCUUUCCGUACUUUUGAAGGAUAAAGAAAUUCAUAUAAACACCCCUUCGAUAGGGUACCCUUACAGAGAGAGGCUGAACAAUUUACGAGUAAUUGUUGUUCUCGAUGAUGUUUAUGAUUCAGAACAAGUAGACCGGAUGGGUGUUAAACAUUUUGGUGAUGGAAGUAAAAUCAUUCUGACGUCUAGAAAUAGACAAGUGCUUAUGAAUGGAGAAGUUAACAAAAUACAUUUAUCCUACAAGUUUGUAAGGUACGCCCAAGGCAGUCCACUUGCUCUGAAGAUUCUGGGUGGUAAGCUACUAUAUUCAAAGUCUAGAGAAGAGUGGGAAAGUGAGGUGGAUAGACUAACACGGUAUGUUGAACCAAAAAUUUCAGACAUUUUGAAGAGUAGCUUUGAUGGACUGGAUAAGCUAGAGAAGAACAUAUUUCUUGACAUAGCAUGUUUCUCUAAGGGAGAUUCCAAGGAAGAUGUAGAAGAAAUUCUAAAUUGCACAUAUAUCAACUUGUAUGUCUCUCCUUUUUCAUGGGAAUGGAUUUCGAAGCCACCUGUAAAUGGGGUUGGUAUUGCAUCUCUUCCAAAUGAAUUAAGGUAUGUUGCAUGGGAGUGUUACCCCUUCAAAUCUUUAUCACCAAAUUUCAAUCCAAAGAAUCUUGUCGUGUUAAAAUUGACACGGAGCGACAUAGAACAACUUUGGAAUGAAGAUGAUUUUCAGCCACCAGUGGAUAAGGAUAAUGACACGACGAAAUCAUAUGACAAUGCAAGAAAGACGACCUACAUGUCCCAAGAGAUUGUGGUAACGAUCCGGAUGGUUAAAGCCCCUGUUCCUUUUCCCACUCACAAUCUCUAA